AUGGCUUCAAGUAGUCGUUCAAUGGAGUCCCGGACCGGACGGACCAAGCAACGAUACAAUUCCAAGGGCGAACGAUUAGUUGCCGGGGUAGUUCCUCUCACACAAGACAAGAGAUUUGUUAUGCUGAUCCAGUCUACCCGAAGGAAGGGUUGGGUUUUGCCAAAGGGCGGAUGGGAGAUCGACGAGGAAUGCACACAGGCUGCCGAGCGGGAGGCGUGGGAAGAGGCAGGCAUCACUAUCCAGAUCGACUAUGAUCUAGGAGAGAUCAUCGAGUCGAGACCCCCCAAGCAUUCUUCCAAGCAUAAGGAGGGGCAAAAGUCGCUUUAUCGCUUCUAUGAGGCGACAGUACUCACUGAAGAGAAGCAAUGGCCAGAGAAGGACAAGCGAGAAAGGAAAUGGAUGACGUAUACAGAAGCCAGAGCCGCUCUGCAGGAUCGACCAGAGCUACGAGAAGCACUUGACCGGUCUACCAUGAGCAGGUAG